GAGCAACAAGACCAAGAGUAUUUUUACACUUACUGCGAAAGAGCAACAGAGACAAAUGUAUGGAGUGAAGAGCAGUAAAAAUGGGGUGGUUUUAAUAUGAAUCCAUAAGAUACUGCAUGUAUCUGUGGGAUUUUUGAGUGGUGGAAUGAGAGAGAUUUGUGUGAUGUGUCGUUAGGUCGAAAUGGUCGAGUCGGGUCGGGUCGUGUACCUUUUGCCACGAAUGUUUUGUCAGUCAGGCUCUAAGAGGCCUUACGAAAACAGCUGAGAUUUACGCUAUUCGCAUGACGCGCAUUUCUUAAAACUUAACAAAAAAAUAAAACACAAAAUUGAAAAUUAAAUUCUAAAGCAAAGAUAAAUUAUUUUUAAAUUAAACACAUACAAAAAAAAUUAAAUAUAUGAAAUUUUUCGAAAAAAAUCUUUAAGUUGUAUUACAAAAAAAUAUAAAUAAAAGAAAAUUAAGCAAAAUAUUGAAAAAAUAUAAGAAAAAUUGAAAUAAGUGUUACAAAUUUUUAAAUAAAAAUAAAAGAAAAUUUUCAAUAAAGUGAAGAAAUAUUUAUAUUACACAAAUAAUAAAAAAAUGAUAUUCAAAAAUAUCAGGAAAAAAUUUUAAAGAAAUUUAAAAAAAAUAAAAUCUGAAAAAAGGAAAUUUAAAUACAAAUUCAACCAAAGUGAAAACCAAAAUAAUUGGAUUUUUAAAACACAAAAAAAUAUAAAUUUUUAUUAAAACAAAUAUUAAGACCGUUGUCCCUUAGAGGCUACGGCUUUUUCAAAUUACAAAAGUGCAUUCUUCUUACAAUUCGUGUACACCAACGGCCGCCAAAAUGAUAACACACAACUCUUUAAGUGUAUACGGAGGCGGCGUUAUGUGUGCUUCACCCUCAACAGCACCCGGUUUCUUCAAUCACAGACCCCAAACGGGCGCUGAACUGUCACCCUUUGAACUGGGUAUACCCAGAUCAAUGGCUCUCGGAGUACCACCACCCACCGCCUGGCAUGAUCCCAAUUUGGGCCAGCAUUUGCAUGCCUCCGCCGGUCCAGGUUCUUUAGCCGGCACACAAAACACAAAUGCCGGUUCGGUAGGCACCGGCGGCGGCACCACACCCUCCAGUGUAGCCAGCCAUCAAUCGGUGGGCAUUAAACAAGAUUUAUCCGCCUUAAGCGCUUCCAAUGUCAAUCAAAAUAACCUGCAACAAACCGCCAGCCAUCAUACAAUCAAAGAGGAUCUAUCCGCCAUGACAAAUUCAUCACAUCAUACGUCAGCGGGUCAGCAUCAAAAUACCCACGACAUGAACUCCAUGUUGAAGGGUUCACAAUCGAAUUGUAUGGUGGGCAGUGGUAGUGGCAAUAGUAACAAUACCGGCGGCAAUAGUAAUAAUAACGGUGGUGGUAGUACAACACCUAGUUCGCAGGCCAACAGUUCACAUUCUCAGAGCAGUAAUAGCGGUUCACAAAUCGAUUCUAAACAAAACAUCGAAUGUGUAGUGUGUGGUGAUAAAAGUUCCGGCAAACAUUAUGGUCAAUUUACAUGUGAAGGUUGCAAAUCAUUUUUCAAACGCUCUGUACGACGUAAUUUAACCUACUCAUGUCGGGGGAGCAGAAAUUGUCCCAUAGAUCAGCAUCAUCGUAAUCAAUGCCAAUAUUGCCGCCUCAGAAAGUGCCUCAAAAUGGGUAUGAGACGUGAAGCUGUCCAACGCGGUCGUGUCCCACCCACUCAACCCGGUUUGGCUGGCAUGCAUGGCCAAUAUCAAUUGGCCAAUGGCGAUCCUAUGGGUGUUGCCGGUUUCAAUGGUCACUCUUACCUAAGUUCCUAUAUAUCAUUACUCCUGCGUGCUGAACCCUACCCCACCUCCCGCUAUGGCCAAUGUAUGCAACCGAAUAAUAUCAUGGGCAUUGACAACAUCUGUGAACUGGCGGCUCGUUUACUCUUCUCGGCUGUCGAAUGGGCCAAGAAUAUACCCUUCUUCCCCGAACUGCAAGUGACCGACCAAGUGGCCCUGUUACGUUUGGUAUGGUCGGAACUGUUUGUGCUAAAUGCCAGCCAGUGUUCGAUGCCCCUGCAUGUGGCACCUCUGCUGGCGGCUGCCGGUUUGCAUGCCUCACCCAUGGCUGCUGAUCGUGUGGUUGCCUUUAUGGAUCAUAUACGCAUCUUCCAGGAACAAGUGGAGAAAUUGAAGGCAUUACAUGUGGACUCAGCUGAGUACUCCUGUCUCAAGGCUAUUGUGCUGUUUACCACCGGUAAGUUGUUGGAUAUCCUCUAUAAGGAUGUACCAGCACUGCUUAGCAAAGUUUCUCAGAAAGUGUUCUCUGUUAAUGCCGCCAAUGCUAAUGAAAUCAUGAUGGUGGUCAAGGAGCAUUUAGAUGAAUUGAAUCGUGUCGAGUCGGAGCAGCAGCAUCAACACAAUUCAGCCGCUGCCAUGCAUUUGGCAACCUUUAUGAAGACUGUAGCUGGUGUUGAGGCUGUUACGCAAAAUUCGCUGGCGCAAACCAAAGAAAAUCAUAUGCCCAACAGUCUUAGUCUGGAAAGUGAAAAACGUUCUAUGAAUUCACCUUCCACCUCGGCUGGUAUUGUGCCCUCGGCCACAAGUGCUUUUAGCUCCUGUGCUCCCUCUCACAAACACACGGCACCUCAGCAACAACAACACCAACAACAAGAAGACUUAUUAACUGCUUUGUAUAAUUCGGCCAAUAAUGCCAAUACUCUUAAUCACACUAAUAACAGCAGUGGUUUGGGUAAUUCUGUGAACUCGCAAACCCUCAAUCUUAGUAACUCUCCUGUGAAUACAAGCAAUAAUAUGUCGACACCCACCUCGAACACCAUCAUGACUAAUCCUGCCUAUCUGUCACCCUCUCAGCAACAUAGCCAGCAUCAACAGCAGCAGCAGCAACAACAACAGCAACAACAACAAGCUGCUGCUGCCGCUGUUGCUACUGCCGCUAUGUUCUAUCAAACCCCGCCACGUUCUGCUUUUGGUUCCGCCUUUGAUAUGUUCCAUCAUAGUACACCAUUCGGAGUAACUCAUGCAGCGGCAGCCGCUGCUGCAGCUGCCCACUCCUCAACGGGUGGCUCAUUUAGUAGUCCUAGCUAUAGAUAUUCGCCAUAUAGUUUUGGCAGUAGAUGGCAAUUGUAGAAAUCAUAACAAUAUGAUAAUUUUUACUCCUAUACCAAAUAGUUCAAAAUACCAAAAAAUCUCAAUUUCUCUCAGUGUACUUAAACCAAAAUUUCUUGUAGAUACUGUAAAUUUAGUGUGUACUUCCCAAAGUCUUUAGUGUUUUAAACAGUAUUAAGUGUGUAUUUAUCUAGACUGUAAAUGCCAAAAAUUACUUAAGGUUUAGUUUAGUUAUUUAUUUAAUUUAAUUUUAAAUUAGUGAUUAUUUAUUUUAAUUAAUUUAUUUUCACCUUAAGCCUAACUAUUAUUUAUUACAACAAAAACAACAAAAACGAAAAAAUUUUACUUAAUACAUAUAAACA